AUGGCAGAGGCCCUAGGAAUCACUUCAUCCAUUACUGCCCUCAUUGGAAAUGUCACUACUGUCAUCAAAUAUGUCAAAGGCAUAAAGAAAGUGCCUGAAGAAUGCACCAAGCUCUUGAUGGAGCUGAAGCAUACUGAUAAAGACCCAUGGCUGGCAACUUUACUCAAGUUGGGAGAUACUUUCACCAAACUUACAGAGAUCCUUGAUGGACUCAAGAAGAAGCUGGAGGAUGCAUGGAGAAAGAAGAGGCAUAGAGUGAAGUGGCCUUUUACCAAAGGUGACAUCAAGGAGGACCUGAGGAAGAUCGAGCGUAUCAAGACCUUGAUUAUGAGGCUAAGUUUAGUAUACAAUGAUGUCAAAUGUGUGGGUGAGGAAAUUCUGGAUAUUGAGAAGCAGAAACAGAUGGAUCAUAAGACUGAGAAAGUAGCAGAGUGGCUCACCUCUUCGGACCACAACAUCAUCCAACAUGAUAAGCUGAUGCAACAUGUUGGCAACACUGGACAAUGGUUUCUUGAGUCAUCAAAGUUUAAGAGCUGGGUGAAUGGUUCUGGGAUGUCUUCUUAUACAUCUUCAGCGGAUGCUGGAAAAACCAUCCUAGCCUUGAUCAGCGUUGAUCAUUUGCAAUCACUGAAAAUGGCCCAGACACUUGUUCUGAAUCUCUUCUUUGAUUACAAUCAUGCAGCAGAACAAACUGUAGUCAACGUUCUUCAUAGCCUCCUGAAACAGCGGGUUCAAGCCUGUGGUCUUUCCACCUUGAUCACUGACCUCCAUGAGAAAUCUGUUGAUGCAAAAAAAAACCCUUCCCAUAAUGACCUUAUCAAAUGCCUUUCAGAAGAGCUGAAAUCAUUCCACCAUGUCUACAUUGUUUUAGAUGCACUGGAUGAGUUUUCCACCUCUGAUGAUACUUGA